AUGGCGGACUCAAAGCGCAGCAAUGCUGCACCUUUUCUCAACCCUGAUCCCGGCAAUAGGGAUCAUUCAACACAACCCAAAAUCAAAUACGAAUUCGAUGAAGAUGAUGAAUUCGAUCGAUCCGACUUCACUCAAUUCGGUCAAUCUGGACGCGGCGACGAUGCCUCCAGAUUCGAGCAUGCUCCCAAUCAGCACUGCAAGCAAGAAUCUGACGAUGCAUAUCCGUCUCAUGCCCAAUACGACAACACGUACCAUCCGAAUCCGUUCUCAGUGGCUCCUCAACCACCGCCUCCACCGCCCCCACCUGGCAAUGGGGUACUGCGCUAUGAAUUCGAUCGAUACAUCCCACCAGAGAACUACUUUGACUGCGAUAUGUUCUACCUAAUUCGAGACGCAGAUAUGGGUGGAGACAAGGCCAACUGCUUCGAGUGUGGUCGGCCUAAGACAAUCUGCCCUGGCCUUCCAAAUUGUCCUCCGAAUGCAAUUUGCAUCGCCUGCACUCAGCCCUUCAGGACACACCCGGAAGGCCAAGCAAUCUGCCCGACGCAUUGGACCUCGACUGCGUUUCUGGUGCGAUACGUGAAUUGGGACCUCAGGACUGGUAUCCCAAGCAACGUGCAAAUCAAGCCAAACGAACAAGAGGCGAGGUACUUGGAGUUGCAAGGAUUCCUCAGAAUCAGGGAGUAUCGAAACCAUUUGAAUCAGCAAAUGCUCAAUUUCGAGUGGCUAAAUCCGCCGCGACAACCGAGAAUACGAGUGGUCGACUUUGGGCCAAUGAAUGAGAGUCAACUAAAGAGGCAUCUGGCAAAAUUGCGAAAGAAUAUGGGUGGAGGGAGCAGGCUGGGCCUGAAUCCGAAUGCACACCGCGGCCCUGGUCCAGCGACACAGCCAGUAACCGUCCUGAUGCCAGGGACGAAGCGGACUUACAACAAUGCGCCACCCAGCACUCGCGCGACGUUGCCCAAUGAGCCAGUACCAAAGAGACAAUGCGAGGAUCAGAGCGAAGACUUUGCAGCAUUGAGAAAUGAGUUCCCAGCCCCUGUCCAACCAAGUGUUCGCCCUGCAUAUGGCGAAUACAAUGAGUUCAAUCCAGUAAAUCAGAUGGCCACUGAAUCACGUCAGUGGAUUCAUGCGCAUCACCAACAAGCCCAGUUCUACGAGGACUCUUAUCGACCAGCUCGUAGACAAAUUAGCCAAUUCGAGCCACUGCCCACGGCGCAUCAACAAGCACAAGAAUCCGGUCACGCGUACGGAGCAGCUCCAACUCUGGCUACUCUCGGAGCCGUUCGCCCUCAAACUUUCCAAUCCGAAAUUCUGCCUAUGAGAUAUCAACAAGCCCAGACAUACAGAUCGCAGAAUUUGGACACUGUACCGCGAGGGACUCAGUGGGCAAUGGCACAGGCUGGGCUGGUGUCAACGCAUCAGAGUCAAUUCGCAACGCCUCACCACUAUGAGUGGCAGGGCCAAUCCAAUCCAAAUGCGACGUGGAACAGAAUGGCCGCCAUGGGCAGUGGGGGCCAUCUACCAUUCUCUGGGCAAGCAGACCAGCCUCAUGGCAGAGGUGGCGGCAACUAUGCCAAUACCGACCUCAAUCCCAAUUCGUAUCUUGAUCGCCGUCAAGAUCAACGUCAAGAUUGGGGCUGGAAUCGUGGCCGUGGCGGUCGUGGCUACUGA